UCAACAUGCUGUCCAGUGUGUUAUCGCCUUUGACAACGUCACAGAAAGCAGACUGCUGGGUUUGGUGGAGUCCGCACAGGAACAUGCACUUUUUGUGUACACCCAUAGAAGGAUGGCCAUCACUGCUGAGGACGUGUCUCUGGAGGACAUCAUCCCCAUCUCGUAUGACUUCGCUGUCGUGGAGGUGUCCUCGCCGGACGAGCUCGCAGUCGUGGGUGCCGACACCAGAGUACGAGUGAGCUUCCAAGAGGAGGAGAUAGAGCUGAGACUUCCUUUUGGCUCCCACACGCGCCUCUUCCUCAGUGAGGUCAACAGAGCCUGGAGCGAUGUGUGCAAGUCCCCCGCGCAGCUACCAAAGUUUGAAUGGGUCAACAAGUACCGCAGAGCCAUCAGAGACCAGGGAGCAGCCAAACAGGCCCGCACGCCGCUGGCAGCCACGCUCACCACAACCAGCCAGCACAAGAAAACAGGGAAGUCACUGAGGACAGACAAGAAAGGAUCAUCGGAGGAGGAGCAGAGUUCUUGCAGCGGAGUGGAGCAGCUUAGAUCACAGUCCAGCCCAGAGAGCCAGGACAGAGCGAGCUCUGAGAGCUGGGAUGGCCUGGUGCGUUCGUCCAGCCACACCCCAUCCGACAAAGCCCAGAUGCUCUCCAUGCCCCACUUUGGCCUGCGUGACAACCUCAUUAGGUGUGAGCUGCUGAAGAAUGAGGACCUCUACACCUACCUGGAGGACUUCAGUUUUUUCUUAGGCACAUACAAUGUGAACGGCCAAACACCAAAGGAAAACCUCCGUCCUUGGCUGGCCUGUACCCACAGCCCCCCUGACAUGUACUGCGUGGGUUUUCAGGAACUUGACCUGAGCAAGGAGGCCUUCAUCUUCAAUGACACGCCCAAAGAGCUUGAGUGGUUGAAAGCUGUGUCUGAGGGCCUGCAUCCAGAUGCCAAAUAUGCCCUAGUGAAGCUGGUGCGUCUCGUGGGCAUCAUGUUGCUCUUCUACGUGAAGAAGGAACACGCUGAGUUCAUCUCUGAAGUGGAGGCUGAGACCGUGGGCACCGGCAUCAUGGGGAGAAUGGGCAACAAGGGUGCCGUGGCAAUCCGUUUUCGCUUUCACAACUCAGACAUCUGCGUGGUCAACUCUCACCUGGCGGCCCACAUUGAAGAGUACGAGAGACGGAACCAAGACUACAAGGACAUCUGCAGCCGUCUCCAGUUUCGCCACUUGGAACCCACGCAGCCUCCGCUCACCAUCAUGAAACACAGUGUGGUCUUAUGGCUUGGGGACCUCAACUACCGGAUCAGUGAACUCGCUGUGGACCAUGUGAAAGAUCUAAUCAUCAAGAAGGAGUUUGAAACACUGUACAAUUACGACCAGCUGAAGAGGCAGAUAGAUGAGGAGGCUGUGUUUGUUGGCUUUGUGGAGGGAGCGAUCGUGUUCCAGCCCACCUACAAAUAUGACACGGGUUCUGAUAAGUGGGAUACAAGUGAAAAGUGUCGUGUGCCAGCCUGGUGUGACAGGAUCCUGUGGCGAGGGAAGAACAUCAGACAACUACAUUACAACAGUCACAUGACCUUGAAGACCAGCGACCAUAAACCAGUCAGUUCCUUGGUUGAGAUCGGGAUCAAGAUGGUGAAUGAAGAGGCCUACAAGAAGACCUUCGAAGAGAUAGUGCGCUCCAUAGACAAGAUGGAGAAUGAGUGUAUUCCGUCCGUAACCUUGUCCAAGCCAGAGUUCCACUUUAAGGAUGUGAAGUUCAUGCAGCACCAGGCAGAGACGUUGACCCUCUGUAACGAUGGGAAGGUCCCGUGUCAGUUUGAGUUUAUUCAGAAGCUGGAUGAGCCCACCUACUGCAAACCCUGGCUCACUGCCAACCCCCCCAAAGGCUUCAUUACACAGGGUGGCAGCGUCGACAUCGACUUGGAGGUGUUUGUCAACCGUUCUACAGCGCCUGACCUAAACUCUGGCCGGCAGCAGAUCGAGGACAUCCUGGUGCUCCACUUGGAGCGAGGCAAGGACUACUUUAUUUCCGUGUCAGGAAACUAUCUGCCCAGCUGCUACGGCGCCUCCAUCCACACGUUGUGCCGUCUCAGAGAACCCAUCCAGGACAUGCCCCAGAAGGUCAUCCGCGAGCUGACCGAAAUGACUGAAGAAGAAGAGGGUGCAAUUAUCACGGAGGAACCUCUAGAAAUUCCCAAGGAAAUCUGGAUGAUGGUGGAUCACUUGUUCCACAAGGCCAUCAAACAGGAGGACCUAUUUCAGCAACCUGGGCUCCGGACUGAAUUUGAAGAAAUAAGGGAUUGUCUUGACACAGGCAUGCCAGAUUCUCUCCCUGGCAGUAACCAUUCAGUGGCAGAGGCCCUGCUCCUCUUCCUAGAUGCCCUCCCAGAGCCUGUGGUACCUUACUCUGUAUACCAGCAGUGCCUGGAUUGCUGCUCAGAUGCCAGUCAAUGUAAGAAGGUGAUUUCCAUGCUACCCUUGUGCCAUAAAAAUGUGUUCAACUAUUUAGCUGCCUUUCUCCGAGAGCUGUUGAAAAAUUCUGCAAACAAUCGACUGGAUGUCAGCAUUCUGGCUACCAUUUUUGCUGCCUUGCUCCUGAGAUCCCGUACAAAGCAGGACCUUGCAGAGAAGAGGAAGACCCAGGAAUUCUUUCAGCACUUCCUCGUCCAAGACCUCUCCUGAACAGAGGACCACUCCCUCAUGGCAUUAAUUGGGGAUCUUAACUAGAACUAAGUACGGCCCAGUAUUAGAAAUAAAUUGUUGUAGUUUGUGAUUACUAGAUGCCUGUUUGUAUCGACAGUGCAAAUGAGAAGUAAUUUUGAUUACAUACAGUAUGUUUUACGGCAAUGUUUAAGAGCUGUUGAUGCACAGAUUUUAUUUUAUAUGUCAGAGCAGCUGUGGAGAGAACCGUUUUUUAAUGUAUGUAUAAUCAUUUAUUUAAAAAGAGGAAUAAUUUGUAUUUUGCUGUUUCAGGUCUCAAAAGCUGACUGUUCAUUUUUAUAUAAAACUGCUGAAA